AUGUUGCGUUUUAGGAGAUACCGUCUCUUUGUCAUCUGCUCCGUCGUCAUCCUCUUCCUGCUCUAUAGGGUCUCCCAGAACUCAGCAUGGGACGCCCCAGCUCUAUAUGGGCCCCAACCGCAGUCGCAGCCAAAGCCAAACCCAGAUUAUCAACGGGUUGAAAAGCCCGAGAAGGUUGACAAGCCAGAGAAACCGGCGCCGGAGCCCGAAGCUGUCGAAGAAGAUGCAGCCCCUCCCGCACCACCAAUUCCCAAGCCGGUAAAAGAGCAGACUGUCAAGAUACCAGACUUGAAGACGAGCCUCGAAGUUAAGGGAAGCUUCGGCUUGCCAACGCCCACCAAGAAGCCCGCAGCUGGCGCCGUUGAGACCUCCGAGGCCGAGCUCACUACGCCAGUGAUCAUCGAUAUCCCUGAUCGAGUGCCAGGAAAGGUGGAUGACAUAUAUGGCAGCAAGGAUGACGAGGAGCUGCACAUCCAGAAGCCCCCUGGGGCAUACCAGGGCCAGUCCAUUGCGGCGGAGACUACAAUACAUUGGAAGAAGGUCCCAGAGCACUUCCCAGUUGCGGAGGAGUCCAUCAUCCCGCUUCCCACUGGAAAGCCCAAGCCUAUACCUUCUGUCCAGUACAAGUUUGCCGAGGAGUCUUCUGUCGCCAAGGAAAAGCGGGAGACUCGACUGGCGCAGGUCAAGGCUGCCAUGAAACGUGCCUGGUCUGGAUACUGGACAUAUGCGAAGGGCCACGACGAGCUCAUGCCCAUCACAAAGAUUGCUCGAGAUCCAUUCUGUGGUUGGGCAGCUACACUAGUUGACUCUCUGGACACUUUGUGGAUCAUGGAGAUGAAGGAAGAAUUCGAGGCCGCCUAUGUUGCUUUGAGCGAUAUCGAUUUCACCACUACACCUUUCCGUCAGGACAUCCCUGUAUUCGAGACUAUUAUUCGAUAUCUGGGUGGUUUGAUCGCCGCUUACGACGUGACUGGCGGGAAAGAAGGCAAACAUCCGAAUCUUUUGAAGAAGGCGGAAGAGCUUGCAGAGAUCCUCAUGGGCGUAUUUGAUACACCGAACCGCAUGCCCAUUUUGUACUACAAUUGGAAGCCAGCAUAUGCCUCUCAACCGCAACGUGCAUCUACGAGCGUAAGCGUUGCGGAGCUCGGAUCCAUGUCUAUGGAGUUCACGAGACUAGCGCAGCUGACCGGGGAAAACAAGUAUUAUGAUGCAAUUGCGCGCAUCACCGAUGCGUUCUACGAGUGGCAGAACAGGCCGGAUGGCACAACUCUGCCUGGGUUGUUCCCCCAGCAGAUCGAUGCAUCUGGAUGUAAUCGAACUGCCCCGGCAUUCGAUCCGCUUGCCAUAAGCAGCGAUGCUGUAAGGGAAAAUGCCGCGGAAGCACUCACGACAGAGCCACAAGGAUACACCCCCGCUGGCCAGAUUGCAGAUGCGGAUCUGGAGUUCCAAGUGAAAGAAGGUGAAGAUGGGGGCCCUGCUAAAGGCGAGUUUAAGAAGAUCGGAAAGAGAGCCGAUGAAAGUGAUCUCGGUGCGCCUGUGGAAACAAAGAGUACCUCAACGGCUGCAAGCUCAGUCGAAACUGUUCCUGAAGCUCCAAGACCGGGCAGCUUCCGUGGCGACGGUUUGACACCCAAAGGUGCCAACGGUCUUCCGGCAGGUUGGGACUGCGUGCCGCAAAACCUGACGUCUGGCGGUUAUGGCUAUGACCAGUACAGCAUGGGUGGUAGCCAAGACUCAGCUUACGAGUACUUCCCGAAGCAACACCUGCUUUUGGGUGGUCUUGAGCCGAAAUAUAGGUCGAUGCACGAGAAGACUGUCGACGCUGUAAAGAAACACCUUCUUUACCAACCAAUGACGAAGGAUGAUCGGGACAUUCUCUUCUCAGGAAAAGUCUAUGGUCGAGGCAACUCGGACGCGGAUCUUAGUAUGGAUUUUGAAGUGACCCAUUUGACGUGCUUCCUGGGUGGAAUGUUUGGCCUUGGAGGCAAGAUCUUUGAUCGCCCCGAAGAUGUCGAGAUCGGAAAGAAACUAGCCGAUGGCUGUGUAUGGGCCUACGAGAUGAUGCCUACGGGUAUUAUGCCUGAAACCUCGAUGGUUGCACCUUGCCCCAGAGUUGGUAAAUGCCAUUGGAACGAAACUCGGUAUUAUGAGCUUCUAGACCCAAGCUAUCAGUGGAGACUCCAGCAAAUGGAGCAGUGGGAAGACAACAUGGAGGACUGGAAGAUUGAGAAAGAAAGAGCCCUCGUUCUCGAGGAAGAGAGGCAGCGGGCUUUGGAGGAACAAUCAAGGCGGCCUCACAACUUGACUGCAGCCGAGAGACUCGAGAAAGAUACAGAAGAACCUAGUCUUCGUGACAUCGAGAUAAUGGCAAGCGAUUUGACUGAAGCCGCUAAGGCAAACAAGGCGAAGUCAAGCGCACCUGUUGGAAAGCGGGAUGUUGACGACGGCGCGACGAAUCCGGCAUCAGACUCUGUCUUUGAGAAGGAGAGAAAGAAGGUCGAGCUUCCCGAACCUGAUAUUAAAGGAGACUGGAAUGCCAUUGAUGAGAAGGUGAAGAAACUUGAGGAGGAGCUGGAUAUGAACGCAGGUCCCGAUCGGGGCUCAUAUGGCGGCCAGAAUGGACAAGUACCUAUUUCAGAGGAGCCUAUUUACAUCCCGCCUGAGCCGAUCAAGCCCCUAAGCCAUGAAGAAUACGUCAAAGGCCGCAUUGAAAGAGACAACAUACCACCCGGGUUCGUCAGCCUCAAUGACCCCCGAUACAUUCUAAGACCUGAGGCCAUUGAGUCGGUCUGGUACAUGUAUCGCAUCACUGGCGAUCCGGAAUGGCAAGAGAAGGGCUGGCGCAUGUUUACUUCCAUCAUCAAAUGGACAGAGACCGAUGUUGGUCACAGCGCUAUCGCCAACGUGGCGAAGAUCCCAGAGGAGCGUGACAACAACAUGGUCGAUAAUAUGGAGAGCUUCUGGCUGGCUGAGACUCUGAAGUAUUUCUACCUACUUUACACAACACCUGACGUGAUCAGUCUCGAUGACUGGGUGCUCAACACCGAGGCGCAUCCUUUCAAAAGGCCGACCUGA